AUGGGAGGAAAGGCUACUGGAAUGGAACAAUUGGGAAUAAAAGAGUUGUUGCCUCCAUAUCUUGAUCCAGAACUACAAGCUAAGGAUCUCAUAACAGGAGUCACAUUUGCUUCAUCAGUUCUUUCAAUUCCAAAACAACUAGAGUUAUUCAAAGAAUAUAUUGGAAAGCUUAAAGCUAUUGUUGGAGAAGCAAAAGCCUUAGAAAUUUUGAGUAAUAGCCUUUUUAUAGUACUCUCUGGCCAUAAUGACAUUCAAUUAAAUCCAGCUUCUAUUUUAAACCCAUCAUACAAUGAGCUCUUGGUCAAGUUUGCUUCUAAUUUUGUGCAGGAGUUGUACAAGUUGGGGGCACGUAAGAUUGGUGUCUUUGGUGUAUUACCAAUAGGAUGCAUGCCACUUCAUAGAAAUACUAGAGGAGGACUUCGAAAAAAUUGCGUAGAUUCUCUUAAUGAAAAAGCAUACUCGUUCAACAAUAAGCUCUCUAUUGAGAUAAACUCCCUUUCUAACAAAUUUCCUGACGCUAAAAUGGAUAUAAGAUUACGAAAAAUGGAUGUUGUGCUCUAG